UGACAUCAGCCCCGGGGACGAGGCCUUCACGGGCAACGCGGCUGCUGCGGGCACUGCAUCUGUGGCUGUGCUGGUGCAAGGAGCCCUCACUUCUUGCAGCUGACACAUGCCUCUGGCAGCCAUGAAUUGGCUCUGCCUCCUCAUCCUGCUGGCCACAUGCGGGCUUGCGCACGGCACCUGGGACAACUGUGGACCGGUGUGCGGGCUCCGAGCCAUGGGUUAUGACUACGGCGCCAGUGCUUAUCAAUACAACUACUAUGGCAUGACACGUGUCGUGGGUGGCACAGGUGCCUACGAAGCGUCCUGGCCCUGGCUCGUCAGCCUCCAGCAUCAGUGGAUACCAGACACGGGGCAUUUGUGCGGAGGGUCCCUCGUCCACCCGCAAUGGGUCCUCACGGCAGCUCACUGCUUUGACGAUGUCACCAACAUCAGCCUGGUGUACGUGGUGAUCGGGGCCACCCAGUUGACUCAACCAGGCCCUGGGGCACAAGUCCGCUACAUUAAGCAACUGCGCCUUCACCAAUACUAUAAUAAAGUCAACAUGAAGAAUGACAUUGCCAUGCUGGAACUGGACCAUCCUGUCCAGUGCAGCCCCUACAUCCAGCUGGCCUGUGUGCCCGACCCGACACUGAGAGUGUCAGACCUGGUCUACUGCUUUGUCGCUGGCUGGGGUGCCACCACUGCAAGGGCUUCAAGAACAAGCGAUCUCCUGCAGGAGGCCCAGGUCCACCUCAUCGAUCUCGAGCUCUGCAACAGCAGCCAGUGGUAUGCGGGGAAAAUCCACAGCUCCAACGUGUGUGCUGGUUAUCCACAGGGCAUCAUUGACACCUGCCAGGGGGACAGCGGUGGUCCUCUCAUGUGCAAAGACAACAUCGCUGACUACUACUGGGUUGUUGGAGUGACCAGCUGGGGAAGAGGCUGUGCAAGACCAAAGCAGCCUGGAAUCUACACCUCCACUCAGUACUUCUACAAUUGGAUGUUGGCUGAGAUGGCUGCAAGCCCAUAUAGAAGGACUUCUCUAGCAGCACAGGUUUGGGGUCCUUUUCCAGCUGCCCCACAACCCACUCAGUAUCCAUGGAUGAGACCAACUGCCGCACAGCCACCAUGGACAAGACCACCUGUCACACAACCACCAUGGACGAGACCAACCGCUGCACAGCCGCCAUGGACAAGACCACCCACCACAAAGCCACCAUGGACGAGACCACCUGCCACACAGCCACCAUGGACAAAACCAACCGCUGCACAGCCACCAUGGACAAGACCAACCGCUGCACAGCCACCAUGGACAAAACCAACCGCUGCACAGCCACCAUGGACAAGACCAACCGCUGCACAACCACCAUGGACAAAACCAACCGCUGCACAGCCACCAUGGACGAGACCACCCACCACACAGCUACCAUGGACAAGACCAACUGCUGCACAGCCACCAUGGACAAACCCACCUGCCUCAGAGAAGCCAAAGCCACUGCCAAAGCCAAAGCCAACAUCAUCGGACCAAGUUAGCUCCUGCCCAUAUCCAGACGAUGAGCUGGUGAAAUUCUUUACUCAGGCGAAGGAUCUCUUCGAGGAGAUCUUUGGGGAAAACCCAACUUGAGCAGCAGGACAGACAGGAUCCAGUGUGAGCUGCAGUACACCAUGACCGUUUCCUGAUGGUGCAAUGCCUGCUGAUCCAAAGGCCACCUCAGUGCCAAAAGCCUACUCUGUCCUUCCUACACUCCUCUUCUGCAUGCAGGCAAACAUUGAAGUUGACUUAGUUGUUGAAAUAAAGUUGCCUAUGUUCACAGUUAA